AGACAAAGCGUCCCUGCGCCCUCUGUCGGUCAGUCCGGUCACUGCAGCAGAGCAGAGCAGAGCAGAACCGACACCGACACAAAUCAUGUCUGACGACGAGAAGCUGCCGUCCGGAUGGGAGAAGCGCAUGAGCCGGAGUUCAGGUCGUGUUUAUUACUUCAAUCACAUCACGAAUGCGAGUCAGUGGGAGCGGCCGAGCGGAGCGGGGCCCGACGGCGUCAGCGAGGUGGAGAAAGUGCGCUGCUCUCACCUGCUGGUCAAACACAACCAGUCGCGCCGGCCGUCCUCCUGGAGAGAGGAGAACAUCAUACGCAGCAAAGAGGAGGCGCUGCAGCUCAUCCACAAGUACAUCGAACAGAUCAAGUCUGGCCAGGAGGACUUUGAGAGUUUGGCGUCUCAGUUCAGUGACUGCAGCUCAGCGAGGAACGGAGGAGACCUGGGCUUGUUCGGCAGAGGUCAAAUGCAGAAGCCGUUUGAAGACGUCUCGUUCGCGCUGAAGAUCGGAGACAUGAGCGGCCCCGUGUUCACCGACUCAGGAGUUCACAUCAUCCUGAGAACCGGAUAACCGCAUUCCCCCUCCGUCAUCCCGCAGAUAACACACACAUUACACACACUAUCCCAGGAUUCCUUAUCUUAAUCUGUUUCCCUGAAAAACCUCACUUGGCUCGUCAAAGCUGCACGUUAAGUCCAUCCUGUAUUUCAGUCAUCGUACAUGUUACAGAUCCCUUUUGACAGGCCGCGAAUCCUGCAUCUCUACCCAGCAUUCCUUCAUCCGGCUCGGCUAAACACUCCUAAAAAACCGUCCUGCGGUGGUGCCUGAACAUCACAGGACCAGCUCUGAUGAUGGACAGUAGACGAUCGUAUGACACAUCUCCAAAAAAUGACCAAUAAAAUAUGCCAUGUCACU